GGAGCGCCCCGGGGACGCGGCCCGCGCGGUACCGCCGGUGCCCGGCGCCGCCGGCCGCCAUGGGGGAACAACCUAUCUUCAGCACCCGAGCUCAUGUCUUCCAGAUUGACCCAAACACUAAGAAGAACUGGGUUCCCACCAGCAAGCAUGCUGUUACUGUGUCGUACUUCUAUGACAGCACAAGAAAUGUCUACAGGAUAAUCAGUUUGGAUGGCUCAAAGGCAAUAAUAAACAGCACUAUCACCCCCAACAUGACAUUUACUAAAACAUCCCAGAAGUUUGGCCAAUGGGCAGACAGCAGGGCAAAUACAGUCUAUGGCUUGGGAUUUUCAUCUGAGCAUCAUCUUUCAAAAUUUGCGGAAAAAUUCCAGGAAUUCAAAGAAGCCGCACGGCUGGCGAAGGAGAAAUCCCAAGAAAAGAUGGAGCUGACAAGUACACCCUCUCAAGAGUCGGCUGGAGGGGAUAUUCAGUCUCCUUUAACGCCAGAAAGCAUUAACGGGACAGAUGACGAGAGAGCUACGCCAGAAGUGACACAGAAUUCAGAACCAAGGGCUGAACCAACCCAGAAUGCAUUGCCAUUUACCCAUAGUUCGACAAUCAGCAAGCAUUGGGAGGCAGAACUGGCCACACUCAAGGGUAAUAAUGCUAAGCUCACAGCAGCCCUGCUGGAGUCCACUGCCAAUGUAAAACAAUGGAAACAACAGCUUGCUGCAUAUCAGGAGGAAGCAGAGCGUCUUCAUAAGCGGGUGACUGAGCUAGAGUGUGUGAGCAGCCAAGCCAAUGCAGUCCACACACAUAAAACAGAAUUAAACCAGACAAUACAGGAGUUAGAAUCUACACUGAAGAAGAAAGAAGAGGAAAUCGAAAGAUUGAAACAAGAAAUUGACAAUGCCAGAGAGCUCCAGGCACAGAGGGAUUCUUUGACCCAGAAGUUACAGGAAGUAGAAAUUCGAAACAAAGACCUGGAAGGCCAACUGUCUGACCUAGAGCAACGUCUGGAGAAAAGUCAGAAUGAGCAAGAAGCUUUUCGCAAUAACUUGAAGACACUUUUAGAAAUUCUUGACGGAAAAAUAUUUGAACUAACAGAAUUACGAGAUAACUUGGCCAAGCUAAUAGAAUGCAGCUAAAGAAAAUGGGAUUUCAGUGCCAAUCAGCUUAAAGAUGCACUGUCUCUCUUCAUAGGACUUUGUUGGGCUCUGCAUCAAAGUUGCACAAAAUUAUAAAUGCUCCUCUGAGAGGGUUUGUUUUAAAUUUGAGUCAUAUUUAAAUGUAAAAUUCAGUACUCAGCUCGUAGCUAGCUGAAGAAAAACAAAAUAACAACAAACAACAAAAAACUUGAAUUACAAAUUACCUCCUUGUACUUUAUUGGCCAUAGAUAACUUGAAUGAUAUUAACAGUAAUUGAAUGCAAUCCUUUUCUAAUUAUCGGCGAUGCAAGAAUUACCAGUGUCCCAGAUCACAUCCCUUUUUCGUGAAAGACACAAUAUAGGUUAUCUCCUGUUUUAUUUAUUUAAGAUAUUUAAUUACUGAGUUUUGUGCAAGAACUUAGUGAUGACAGCCCUGUAUUUUGUUGUUCUUAAUAAUUUCUCAGGAUUCUUUGCGCUGUGGACAAACAGUGCCGUUACCAGUUUAUUCUUGCCAGGAGUGAGAGAGAUUUGCAUCUUUAAUUGAAACAAAGUUCCUAAUUGCUUGUGUGAAGUUCUUCCUUUUGGGUAUUUCAGUUGGUUGAUCAGCUGGUUUUUGUUCAUUGGUUUGUUUUUUUAAUCUAUAUAUAUACUGGGAUAUACCGUAUUUCUUUAUGGAGCUUACUCUGGUGUUCUACAAUAUUGUCCACUGUAAGGUUUACAUUAUCAUAUGAAUUCCAUGUAAUUACAACGAGAUACUAUCUUCCACUAAACCUGUAUGUUGAAGCCAACCAAUGAUGGCAAGGUGAGUCCCCGAGGAAGAAAAAAAAGAAAAAAAAAAAAAGAAAAAAAAAAGAAAAAAGGAAAAGAAAAAAGAUAAAAACAGAAUUUUAAAUGUAAGAUUUGACAUGCACAGAUAAGGAGAAAUAGCUGGUCAUUUGUUGUCUGGCCUUGCUACAUAUAUCAAAUACCUGUGUUGAAUUAACUGUUAGCCUGUUCUGCAGGAGGCUUUUUCAGAAUGUCACAUGAAUUUCAGAUUUUGUGAAUAAUGGCUUAUGGGGAGCAAUAUUUACUAUAGACUGCAUUAAGGGCAAGAGCUGUUGCAAGGGACUACUCGGACACUGAACUUGUCCAACCAAGAAAGCUGUUUCUAAAAGUCUUGCUGUCAUAACAAUUUGAAAUGAUGGAGACGUGUUUACUCUUUUAUGGGUCUUCAUAUCACAUCCUUACUGAAACAACACCAGGCAGUAUUCACAACUAUUAACAAAAAAACUUAAAAGCUGGAAGCAAUUGAACCCAGUUAUCCUCAAUGAGCAGGUCUUACAGUUGUUUUGAGGAAAUUUUAACAGACUUUUGGCAACCACACAUUUCUUUAUAUAAUAGAUUUACUUACAACAACAACAACAACAAAAACCAACUCUGAAAGGUAAGCCAAGUGUCACGUGUCUUGCAUCGAAGUACAUUCUUGCCAUAAAUUAAUUGCUUGUAAUUUUGAAGAGGGCUUUUUUACAAUGUAUGAAUGAGCGUCAGACUUCAGAGUUGAAAGAUGCACUGUUUGCUCCCCAAAUUAAUUUGAAUGUUAAACAUGAAAUCUAGCUGCUUAUAAAUUUGUACAACAUAAUUUUCUCCACUUACAGACUGAUACUGAAAACUAGAAAAGAUAAGUUUGUUUUUGUGUGUACUGUAUGUGUAUACCAUAUAAUACACACAGGUUCUCAUUUAUAUUAGAAAUACAUGCUUUAUUUCUAAAAUACUGUUUUUUUUCCUCUUUACCAGUGAUUUAUCAGGUGUCCCCUGACUAGUCAGGAAAGUGGCUGAGGCCAAAUGCUAAAUCAUCAUGUAUUAUACUGUAUGUAAUGUACACAAUGUUUAAGUUUUAUCCAUAUUUUUAGGGUAUUUUUCUCACCUAUUUUAUUUAUUGAUGGGGUGGAGGAGCUUGAUUCAGUGUGCUACUGGUUGAAAACUUUGUGAUGAGCUACAUGUUUUUCUUUCGGUGAUCUUAGGCAGUGAUGUGUACAUCUUCAUCAGGUCCACGCGAGCAAAUAUCACAAGAUUUCAAUUUAACUGGGGAUGUUUGGGCCCGAUUUUCCUGUCACGUGUGCUGCUGUAAACCAGAUGCGCCCCUGAUGUGGUGUCAGCAGCAUUUAGCUGGCAUAACAUUGGAGGAAAUGCAAGGAGAAUCUGGCCCGUUAAUUAUUGCUCAGUGGACAUAAUAAGGAUGAAGAAAGAACAAAACAAAACAAAAAAAAACAACACUAGAAACUUGAUGAUGGGAUAAAUGUAACAUUAUUUUUAAUGAUAUUAUUAUUGACAUUUUUAAAGAUAUGAUGUCAUUUACAUGUGGGAAAAUAGUGGACAGAAAUACUUCCACUUAAAUUUUGUGAAUAUGUGUGGUACACGAGUAUUUCUAUGUAUACGUACACACACAUAUGUAUAUAAAGAACAUGAAAAAAAAUUUAGAUGUGCACAUUUUUAAUAUUUUCCUAUUGAAAUUAAAUUUUAAAUUGGAAAUUGAUAUUUGAGAAUUUCUUUUCUCAUUCAGCAGAAUACGCUUCAUUUCAUUUUUUACGAUUACCGAGGGCUGCACCUUUGAAUUCCCAAACAAGUUGUCAAACGUGAAUAUGGGAUAAGGUGGACUUACGUGCACAUAUAAAUAAACUCUGAAUGCUACGAGUAUUUUUAAUGUUUAUUUACAAUAGGUGGGCGUUUAGAAUUGGAAACCUGCAGUUCAUUGAUAGGUGGUUAUGCCUACUGUAGCCUCUCCAGUUCUGUUCUAAGAUUACAGUUCUCCUCUUUGAAACAUGACUUUUCCCAGAGACAGGUGAUAUGAACUGUAUCUAUCUCUGAUGAGACUGUGGGGACGUGUGUACCUGAGAACACUGUUGAGUACUACAGGUUGAAAAACGAACAUGAGUCUUUGUACAGGAGAGGCGAGCAGCCACAUUGCAUAAAUUUUGUUAAACGGCAAAGAGCAACAAGAAUUACAGUGAAAAAAAACCAAACAAAACUGGCAGACAUCUGACAAAAGCUGAAGAAAAAUCAGAAUUUAUUUUGAAAUACACUUGCUGUUCUCUGGAGAAUGUACCUUUACUCUUCGUUUAUUUAUUUACUUAUUUAUUUUCCUUAUAUCUUUUCAAGUAUGUGCAAGUGAUAGCAGCAGCUACCUUAAUCUUUCAGGUGCUACUGGAUUUUGCAUUAGCGUGUUAUGUUGUGAAAUCCUUGACAUAAAAGAUUUUUUUUGUAAGUAUAUUCCCGUCCAGAUAGUUGGUUUUUGGAGUGUCUUGUUCAUAAUCCAUAUGCCUCAAUGAUCCAGAAACUGCAUUUUUUUUUUUUUCUAUGUGCACAAAGUAAAAUGUGUGAAUUAAUGUCUGUUACAGACUGGGGAUUCCUUUUCCUGGCUAAUAUACCAGGAAAGAGGCAAACAAAAUGAACUGAUAAUGCAGAAAUAUUGUUAUAAAGUCUCUACAAAAAAAGAAAAAAAAAAAGAAAAAAAUAAAAAGAAAAAAAUACAUUUUCAGGUAAAAUAUAAUAAAGGGCUAAAACAGAUGUAACACAAAUAAGUAUCGUUUAAUGCUAUUGGUGGCAUUCUGAGGGUAAUUCCUUCAACAAAAACCCUGCAGGAAUGAGCAAUGCGUCAAUUAAAGUGAAUGUUUUGGGAUGCGUCUUGUCAGUUGUGGAAGGUUUCUGUUUUCUGCUCUGUUUUCUGCCGGUUAGGGACUAACUCCAGGCUUACCUGCAGUGAGGGGCUGAACCUUACUUUGUUUUAUUGCCAUUCACGUUCUGUACCAAAGUGGCUGUGAGCAGUGCCCCAUGAGCACCUUGUUCAUGAGGAGCUUCAUCACAAAGGCAAAAGGUGAAAAUCUUUUGUCAGAAAUACGGCACGGGAAGGGAAGUGGAAAAAUGGAAGAGAGCUGAAUUCUCUGCAGAACUCCAGCUGUCAGUAAAGGCACUUGGUUGAUUUGGAUGAGGAGAAAACCUUGGAUCUUGAGGCCAAAUAUCAGUAGAGAUUAGGUCUGGGUGUUGACAGGGGAUUGAAAAAAAAGCAUGAAGAAACUGCAGCCAAACGUGUGCAGUCUCAGCAGCUGAACGUGCCAGCUGAAGUGCGCGGUGUGACACCGAUGGUGGGUCUGGAAAUGGACCUGGCUGUGCAAAGCAAUGCUCAGACUGUCGUUUACAUUCUCUUGACAAUGCUGCAUACGUGCACUACCUCUGAAUGGUGCUAAGUAGAGAACAUACCGUGGAGUAAUAGGCAUUUCCUAAAACCUGUGUUUUCCUUCACGCAGUUAGUUCCUUGGCUUACUCCAGUUGCUUCUGAGAAGUGUGAUGGAUUUCACCUGUUCUGAUAAGUGAUUUCACCCGUUCUGAUAAGUCUUUGAUAACAAGAAGCAGUGCUGGUUAGCCCCUGCUGUCAGCCCACGGCGGUGCGGUGCCACAGCUCCUGACACACCUCCUGGGUCUCACAGCCUCUCAGGGACUUGCAGCUGUCGGUCCUUCCUCUGCAGCUCAUCCUAGGACCAAAGAGACCAGUGCAGUUUAUUCCCACUUUCUCCCCCUGCCUGCUCUUGCACACGCUCAGAUUGGCUGGAUGUUGCAUCCAGUAGCCCGCAGCAUUUUCAAAUGCUGGUUGUUGUGCUGACAGGUGUGGGAAGGGGGAGGAAUGGUCAAAGAUGUUAGAGGUUUGGGGGGGAAAAAUGCAUAGGUGUCAAAAGGAUUUGCUUACAUGGCACCACAGGCUGUGAGAUAGGUGAGAACAUCUUGCACAGCAGAGGACAGAGGACCUGAACGAUGCUGAGCACAUCUGGCUUGCCACAGAACUGCUGCAGGCUCCUCAAAGUCAGCAUUAGAGUUCUGCUUUGUAACCAAAGCCAAAAUCCCAGCAGUCUGCAGCACCAUUCCUGCCAUUCUUUAACCUCCACUAGCCCCAAGGUUCGGUAUCAGUCAUGGCAGUGGUUGAAGGCCCCUCCUGCUUUCCGGCCAUCAGCUCCAUCCAUCUGUGGUGUGCUUCUCUUUCUGUAGCUGUGAGCAGUUCGGGCCCCCACACAAUGGGGCUCUGGGGAUUCCCCCUGCUCCCACACAUCUCAUUGCUUUGUGGGCUCCAGCAGUGCCAGGUGCUCAUGGUUCCCUUGGGCUGAGAAAAGCCACCUGGAGGUGUUCUUGGAGAAGGCUUGUGUUUCUGUGCAGGGUAACCCAGCAGAGGAGGAGUCCCAUCCCAGCAGGUCACCAGGACUAUCACAGACAGCACACACACACACCCCAGUGCUAAGGGGAGAGAAGACCCACAGUGACACAGUACACGUAUCUACAGUCUGCCUGUGUGGAUUCCCCCGUUUGAGCUACGUUAAGUAUGAGAGCAGAGAAUUAGGAAGUGAAGUUUUUCAGAGAGGGAAAAGAACCCUUAAAGUUCUCCAGCUUUGGAUUGUGGUCUCUUAAAUGACGAUGGGAAUUUUCUUUGGGCAGAAAACAAAGGAAAGGGGAAGCAAAACUGACUUUGUGAAAGAGACAUCAGCAUCUGAUUAAUAGGUGGAAAUUUAAAAGAUAAACUUUCUCUGUAUCUGAAUGUACUGCUCUUCUGCAGCAGUGGUUUCUCGGGAACGCACGGUGGUAGGAAUGGGAAGCACGGUGUGGAUGCAGCGAGGCACAGAGCUCCGCCUUGCAGCGGGUGUGAGCAGGUGGGCAGCAGCAUGCAGCUGAGCAGCACGGGUGUCCCGCAGGCACAAACAGCCCCUGCAGCCUUGGCAGGGCCCCAGGGGUGCUUGGUGUCUGCCCAAGGUGGUGGUGGUCCCACAUACAGCAUAUUGGUACCCCUAAAAACAGCAGAACUACGUGCUGGUCUGAGACAAGCACCACUUCCCACCCCCUACACACCACUUUGAAAGAGAGAGAGAUUAUGAAGGCCACGCAAUUAGCCCAUUAGUGAGUGCUGUGCAUACAGAAACCCAUGCCAUCCCUAUGUAUGGGAUGAAAUAGCUGUAGGUUUGUCUGACUUUGAAUUAGCCAUGGGGUGGCUGUGGGAUUUGUCAGUCCCUCUUCUUCUCUGCUGUACCAGGAGGAGGAAGCAGUGCUUGAGGAACUGCCCUGCUGGAAACAGCUGGGAAAUGCUGCUGCUGCUGCUUGCAUGGCUGGCAGCCAUGGUGACCGUGUUCCAAGGAUCAGCCCCUCACUGCACUGAAUGACUUGGCAGAUACAAAGAAUUGCAACUUAGAGUUUGUCUGUGUAUUUGCAGGAUGUUUUUUUUUAAGGCAGCUCACGGUUUGCUGUGCCAGUGAGGGGCUGAGGGGUUAAUGGGAAAAAAUCAGAAAGAACUCCUAGGGAACAGGUAGGUCCUUCUGCAUGCUGAACUCCAAAGGGCGCAGGAUUGAAGUUCUGCAUUCAGUUUAAACAAGCUGGUACGGACAGUGCCCAUGGCCACUUAUUCAGGAGCAUCCCUGAAACUUGGCAGCCUGCGAGGACUUUCUGAAGGCAGUCGAUGCACCCAGUGCAGGGAGGAUCUGCUGGCGACUGGAGCAGCACACAGGUUCACCCCAAACUGCUGGUAGAGCAGCCUUGACAAAUGCUGGUUGGAUUUCUGUGUGACAUUUCUUACUGCAAACUGAGAAUUGAAGGUCUGUUUUUCUGUGAAAUGCGAGCAAGUAUUGACUUGGGACCACAACUGGCUUUUAGUGUUUUAGAUAUAAGAUAGGAUUGUUUACAAAUCUGAGCAAAGCAUGUCCUGGCAGGCAACCUUCAGCUGCUUUCCCCUGAACACAGCAUGAGCAGACACACCGGUCUUUUUAAAGUGACAAAAUUUCAUAUCCUGAGCAGAAAUUUGCCCUAUCAAGCAUAACUAGUUUUGCCUUUGGCAUCAUCCACAACACGCACGUGCUGAUUGACUCCACCAGCAAUGUGCACCUCGCUUCUCUCGGCCCCAUCUGCCGCCACGCGCCCCGGAGGAGGUGACCAACAGCUCAGCCCAGCAGCGUGAAGGCGAGCAGAGGAGCGGGAUGGCGGGGACAUGAGCAGGCUGCUGCGGGCGGGUGAGAAUGGCUGGUUGGUGUGGAGAUGGUGGGCGGGACGAGGAGCAGCUGGUGGUUCUGCUCAGGCGCUGCUGGCCCUCGGCCUCUUGGCACUGUGCGGAUUGCUGGGAGUCUGUGACCUCCCAGCAAAAGAAGCCCUCAGGAAACCUUCCACCAGUAGAAGCCCUCAGGCAAACACAGGCGUGUGUGCUCCUGCGACAAGGGGGUGGGCUGCGUGGUCUAUUUAUAAUGUCUAUUCGAGGCCAUUUUCUUUUUUUUUCAAUGCUUCUUUGAAAGCCUGGCGCAGCGUGGAGGGGCUCGUCAAGCUGUUUUUUGUGGGUCUCCGUCUGCUCCAGAUGUCGGUUUGCUCACAGCAAGUGGGGGGGUGGGGGUGGGAAAAGAAUGGCCAUUGCCUCAUGGUGCUUCACAUUAAGUCAGUUCAUACGGCAUCCGUUGUGUCUACACUGUGCGGGUAACAUGCAUGGCAGUUCGAGCAUGCGCUGAUGACUUUGUACACUCAGAGCUCAGAUACAUUCCUGCUGGAAUUUAAUGGGGAUUGAAAUAAAAUAUGAAGAAAAAGUGUAGCCAAUAUAAAUGUUUUGUAUGAAUUGCAUGAUUCUUCAAGUUUCUUAUUCCUGUGAAUUUCAAAAAAGCAAUAUGCAGAGGGAUUGUGUUGCAAGUUAGAAAGAUUAAAACAUGAACAAAAGAAUAAAUGAUGUUUGAAAGAC